AUGGCCCAGGCAUCCGGUGAUGAAAAUUUUUCACAAUGCAAUUUUCCAACCACAAACAUGUUACCCAACUCCACUUCUGCUUCUGCUUCUGCCACUGCCACUGCCAACCAGGCGCUCAUCACUCUUAUCGCCGGACUUAAUGAGAUGGCUGAACAGGUGCUCCGGUCCCAGUCGGAGGAAGAGAAAAUGGGAUUGAGCCGGAAGAUUGCUCGUGAAGUGAAUGACGUGAUUCACUCUCAUGGGAGGGUCGCUACCUACAUCCCCCCUCGCCUGCUGUCCAUGGCAGCUGAGAUAUUUCGCGCUCAGAGGCGCACCGCUCAACUGGCAGAAGUCCCGGACUGGAAUCGUGUUGGGCACAAGCAGGAGAUGUGCAUGAAGCAUCCAUUGUAUGGUAAGACAUUAGGUGCUGUGCCUCCUGUGAUGACUCCAGUUGCUGCUAUGAAUGUUCCUCUGGUCAUCGCCCCUCCACCGGUGGUCAUCACACCUGCGCCUGCACCGGCGCCAGCACCAGCACCAGCACCAGCACCAGCACCAGCACCAGUCCCAGUCCCAGUCCCAGUCCCAGUCCCAGUCCCAGUCCCAGUCCCAGCCCCUGCACCGGCGGUCAUCACACCUGCACCUGCACCAGCGCCAGCGCCCUCAAGGACACCAGCACCAGUCCCACCCCCAGUCCCAUCACUGGCGCCUGCACCUCAGCCUGUUCCAUCCUCUGGUCAGUUAUUACCGGCGCACCGUUUCAGCAUUCGCAUCCCCAGAAAUACAGCAUCCAGUGUGACUGCAUUGGCCGGACCCUCCAAAUCGCGCAAGCGAGAACUCAGUACUAGUCCCCCUGUGCAUCAGUUCAAGAGGGUCCAGAAGCGUCUCCUCAAGUCAAGGGAAGUCUUGUCCGACACCGACUCUGACAAGGUGAAGCUGAAGGCGAAGAGCAAAGGGAAAGCAAAGGGGAAGGGAAAAGGGAAAGAGAAGGCGAAGGCGAAGGUACCGGAAGAUGAUGAGGAUGAGGAUGAGGAGAUGGCGACUGAUGUUGAUGAUCUUCCGGUCGUCCAGGCAACACCAGAAGUCGAUGCACAACCCCUCCAAACACAAGACAUACUUGUCCUUCCACAGAACAAGGGCACUGCACCGGAGGGAAGUGAGACAGAUGAGAUUCCGGAAGAUGACAACGAUGAUUUGGAGGGUGAUGAUACCCAAGGCAAGCGAAAGGCCACCGUCAAGCUGGGGAAACAACACAAACCGUCUACAUGUCCCAUGGGCAAGGACCACAGCAAGAAGGGCAAGGGCCAACAACCACCGGACGUCGAUGGACCUCUACCUCGUUGCGAGAGAUGCUGGUCGAAGCAUGUGCAGUGCAUCCCGCGGUUGAUGAAGAAAGGCGAGGUUGGCCUGAGUUGCACCUUGUGCCAUCUCUGGAAGAUGGCAUGCAUCAGGCCUGACAUCACUGCUACACCACCUGUGAGGGCGGUCACCACUCGCUCUAAGACGAGCCGGUCAAAGGCCACCGGACAGAACAAGACCAGUGGGCAGUCGUCCAAAGGCAAAGGCAAGUCUCUUGUUUCCGAGAGGGAUAUUCGGCAUCCCAGUCCCAUCCAAGAGGAAGAGGAUGACGCUGACGUCCGGAUGAUUGAUGAUGCUCCGGAAGUGACUGGUACUGCCAGUACCACACCACAACCAGCACCUCUCGCAUCGGCAGAUGAUUUCCCCGCAGACCACUGGAUCGAACCGGGCACUGACGACGUGCCACCUCCACCACCGGUUAUGGCCCCAGAGGAUGACAUCCGGGACUCACCCAUCCCUCCGGUUCAUCAUCCACUCUCCCCCAUCACACCUUCCGGACCCCUUCCAUCCAUCCAGCACCCUCUCGCUAAUGAGGAGAUGGAGGCCAUGUUGGCCCAGAUUCGCGUCGAUAUGGAGGCACUCCGGACACGCGAUAGGAUGGAAGUUGACGUCCGGCAAGAUCACCUGGAGGGUCACAUCGAAGACGCUGAAGGAUCAGAUGCUGCCAUGGCCGUGCAGAUCGACCAGAUACAGGGGGAUGUGGACGCGCACCAGAGACUCAUAACUGGGUUAUCCGUUCAACUUCAAGCAGUUGUGAGGUUUAUGAGGGGGGAUAGGUCCGAUGAAGGGACGCCAACAACCCCACCAGCAUUCAACCCACCCCCCAUUGUUGCCGGCCCAUCCAUCAGUGCAUUCGGUCGCACUGUGACCAACGACAUCUUCACUCCGGAUAUAUCUUGGAUGAGCGCCCAGACUGGUGGUGAACUCAUGGGCAUUCGAGAUGGCUCGCCGGUCGCAAGGCAAGAGCGGGCGCCAUCCACUUCCACCGUCAACCCGUCACUCACCACGACGGUAUCUGGCCCAUCUGUUCCUCCAGGUGAUGCACCACCAUCAGGAAAAUGUGCUCAUAUAGCCAAGUGCCCAAUUGUGCAGGCUUACUACACCAGUGUAUAG